CUCCAACAAGAAGCCAAACACCAACAACAAACAACACGACCACCACCUUCUUCAAAUACACCACCCACCAGCCCAAGGACAGCUCUCAGACUUUGUUCAAGGACCGCUGGUGCUGAGGAAUAGGCAGGUGCCACAUCAGCACACCCAACGCGGAGGGGAAAGCCAUGGCGAGCGCAGGCGACAUUGCAGCCGCAGCGCUGAAAAGCGCCGUCAAGGCGGCGUUUGUCACAAAGACAAAGCACGUCACCCACGUGGAGAAAGACAAGCGCCGCGAUGUUGUGCUGGCGCUGCACCAGGCAUCCCUCCACCUCAUCGCCCCAAAAGGAGGCAAAAUCGAGACCACCAUGCACAUCCUUGAUGUCAUCUCCAUCAACGCCGUCACCCACGGCAACGAACAGGCCAUUCGCAUCACUGGCAUGAACCAGGAGUGGCUUCUGGCCAACGUUGAAGCUCAGCCGUCUGUGUUUGUGACGGCCAUCUACGCACUCCUGAGGCGCAUCUUCCCGCACGCGUCCCUCAGCAACAUCCUCAACUGCAACAUUCCCGCAAAGAUCCCACGCGUUUCCACAGACACGCCACAGCCAUGCGGCGGGUUUGUAAAGGCAUUCAAGGUGGCGUGCGACUACCACGGCAUCGGCAGCAUCUUUCCCGGGAUGGAGGAGCUGAUUGAGCGCUACCACACCUCUCGCCAACGCGAGUUUGUUGCCGACGACUUCCACCUCUUGCAGGAUGGCUUUGCGCCCGCGCUCAUCACCGCCCUUCUGCACAACUCGUGGUUCACCUCCGUCGUCAUCAAGAACGUCAAACUGUCCACGGAGACGUUGGAUGCGUUGGUGUCGCUGGUUCGUCGCACGUGCCACGUGCAGCGGCUGACGCUGCGCCACAUCCAGGCCGACACCAAGUUUUGGUCCCGCCUCUGCCACGCCCUCGGCAGCAACAGGCGCCAGUCCAUCAGCCACAUCGACUUUAGCGAAAACAGCCUGGGCGACGGUGUUGUACUUGAGCUGGCCGCGUCCAUCGAGACGCUGAUCCUGGGUGUGCGUGAACUGCAUCUCGCGUCUGUCGGCAUGUCCUCCAAGGCCGCCGCGCCGCUUGCCCGCGCCCUCUGUGCAAACAAGCGCUCCGCAACCAGUCUUCAGAUCAUUGACGUCAGCGGAAACAACAUCGGGCAGGAUGGCGUGACGGCGGUUGCGGACCUGUUGUCCGGCAGCAAUGUGCUGAGUCACCUUGACGUGUCGAACACGGGAUGCAGCCUUGAAGCCGUGCUGACCACGCUUGGCACGUCCAUCUUUGAACACCUCGCUGUGCUCAAGCUCGCCGACUGCAAGUUCUCAGCAAGGAAAACGACGCGGCUGCAGCCGAAUGCGAUUGCGUUUUUCCAGCGGUCGCCGUGCCUGACGCACCUCUCCCUCGCAGGUUGCAAGUUGCCCAAGGACGCCCUCAAGGCCAUUCUCGAUGCGCUGGCGGACAACCCGCUGCUGUCGAACGUGUCGCUCAACCUCGCGCACUGCGACCUUGGCAGCGACGAUGGGUGUGUGGACGUCAUCCACCACACGCUGCCGCGCCUCGCAUGCGUCGUGGCCCUGGACAUCAGCGCAAACGACUUUGGCGACACGGGCCUGUCCAGGCUGAUUGGUGCCGCUUCCUCCAACAGCAAAACACUCAGGCGCUUGGACGUUAGCCACAACCUCGGCAAGGCGAAGACGGCGGAGAAAACGCUCAUGGCGCUGCGCACGCUCUUCCAGGGAUCUCUGGGCAUUGCCGAGCUCGAUCUGAGCCAUCUCAAGCUGAAGACGGACUUUUGUAAGAUCCUGCCCGCACUGGGACACAACACCACCAUCGAGUGGCUGGACGUGUCUGGAAACAUGCUUGGGGACUGCGGUAUUCGCCAGGUCGCCAGCAUGCUCCACUACAACCAGACGCUGGAGGAAGUGCGGAUGGACGAGAACGGCGUAUCUGAGACGGGGCUGCGCGAGAUUGCGUCCGCACUGCGCACGAACAAGACACUCAAGCGCUUUCCCCUGCCGUUCAACGACAUUGGCUCGGCCCUGUCCAAGGCAUCCCCGUCCCUCGUCGCCACCCUCAAUGACAUCCAGGCCUCGCUCGCGCAGAAUCACAGUCCCUCGCGCCACCUCUCUGCUGCCAAGACGACGGUGGUGGCCGACUCAUCAUCGUCGAAGGCGCGGUUGCUGGCCACGCUCGUUGACCAAGUCUCCACCGUGUGCGAGGAUGGCCAAGAGAAGGACGAGGCGCUGGCAAACGCAUCGACUACCGUCCGCGCUUCCGGCACCGUCUUUAAAGUGCAACGCGAGCUUGAGGAGACGUUGACGGGCGAGCUUGCCCACAAGUUUGCCGACUUUGGUGGCGACCUCGCCGCCUCCCUCAGCACCAUGCUCAACACAAGCGUGCAGGAGCUCUACGCUGCCACAGAGGCCGCUGCUGGCGAGAGUCUUGACGAUCUGUUCCGCCCAACCAAGGAGGACCACGACACCCUCUGCAAGGAGCUCGUGGUGACUGCGGUUGCUGACUCUGCCUGCAACCACGUCAUGAACGCCGCCGCACAGCAGGUGAGCACCGCUGCGGAGAACGUGACGGACUUCAUCAUCAACCGCGCUGUCCAGCGUCUCCGCGCCAUCCUCAUCGCCCGCGAUGCGUCGGGUGUCGAAAACGUCGAGGAGUUGCCUGAGAUCAAGCAGGCGCGCCAGAAAACCCACAGCGUGCGCAUCACCGACCUCACCAUGUCAAUCGAUGUGAAGAACGAGGCGCCUAUUGGGUUUGAGCUGCCGCCCGCUGAUGCGGGCAAGGCGUCCAACAACCCGCAGCUGCACCACGCCAACAAGGGCCGUCCGCGCCACGGUGGUCGACGCCCGCCAACACGCCAGCGCCGUGCACGCGGCGAGGACGAGCAGGGCAAUGCAUCGACGAGCGCAACGGUGUCGCGCACAACGUCAUCCACAGCCGUGACGGCGCCAACAGCCGCACCACGCAAGCCACCACCAAGCGAGGCGCCUCGCGUUGCAAUGCGUCCACCGCCACCAUCGCGCUCCCCACCAAAGCGCACGUCUGUGGUGGACGAGGAAGCAGGCAGCGAGGCGACAGCAGCAGCACCGCAGGCGCCACAGCCGAAGCCGCGCCCAGCCCCGCCGAGCAGGCCGCCAGCAAGCAAGGCACAGCAGCCGCCAGAAAAGGAGGAAGAGAAGAAGGACAAGGCCGGUGCUGAGGAGGAGGGCGAAGGCAAAACAAAGCGCAAGAGUGGGCUGCUUGGGCGCCUGUUCAAGUCAGCGUCCAAGUCACAUGACAUUGCCGAGCCAGAGGAAAAGGAGGAGGAGAAGGCAGAGGCCGAUGCUGGUGCUGCUGGUGGUGAGAAGACGAAGAAGACAAGCGACGAGUCGACUGAGGCGGCAGCGACAGCGGAGGAGCCAGCGGACGCGCCCACCGCAGACGCAGCCAAGAGCGGACCCAGCAGCAAGCGGGCAAGCGUUGCUGCAGCGCCUGUGGGCUCGGAGGAAGCCACUGCCAUUGAGGCAGCGACAGCAGGCAGCAGUGCUGGUGACGAGGCAGACAAACAGAAGGCUGAUGGUGAGGAGAAGGGGGGAGAGGAGAAGGAGAAGGCCAAGGAGCCGAUGCCCGCUGCGAAGCCCAAGGGCGUGGUGGGUGGCAUUCGCCUGCUGCCGCCAUCGGCGCUCAAGCCGUCCGCCGCCAAGGUGCACGCCCGCCUGUCAGCGCGCUUGGAGGGCGAGGACGAAGACGGGGACAAGGCCAAGGACGAAGAAAGGCAGAAGAACAAGGUUGAAGACAAGACGGAGGCAGCAGAAGCAGCGGGGUUUGACGAGAAGGAGGCGGAAACGGAGACUGGAGCAGCGGAGGAGAAGGAAGAGGAAGAGAAGGAAGACAGCGGGGCUGCUCGGAACGGCACGCACGAUGUUGUUGCUGCUGGCGCUGGUGAUGAAGGCGAGGAAGAGAAAGCACAGGGGACACAAGAGGAGCCUCCGGUCGCCACGGAUGCGAAGAAGGAUGAAGAAUCCACUGCCGCCCAGCACGAUGAGCAAGAAGAAAAGCAGGAGGAAGAGGGGACGGCAGCAGCAACAGGGGCUGAAGAGGAGAAGAAGCACGGGGAAGAAGAAGAAGAAGAACAGCAACAACAGGAGCAGGCAGACGCGGCUGCUGAAGACGUUAAGGAACCAUCCUCCGAGGAGCCAGCGGCAACAACGGAGGGAGAAAAGGAGGAGGAGAAGCUCGAAGCACAGGAGACUAGCGGUGCUGCUGAAGAGGAAGAAGGCGGUGAUGAUGGUGCGACCGAGGAGGUAUCGGAGCAGCAAGCAGCGCCAGCGCCGACGGGGAAGGCGCAGGAAGGUGAAGUGCCUCAACAGCAGGAGAAGAUGCCACAAGAGGAGGAAGGUGAAGGUGAAGGUGAAGGUGAAGGUGAUGAGUUGCCGCCACCACCCGAGAGUGCACCACCACCACCGCCGCCACCAGCGGCAGUGCAGGCUGAAGAGCCACAGCAGGAAGCAGCAGACGAGCCCCCGCAGCAGCUGCCGCCGCCGCCACCACCGGGCGUGCCGGUCUCUGUUGACGGUGAUGACGACGCACUGCCCCCACCACCGCCGCCAGCGAAGCUGCUGUCGGACACCUCGCUCCUCGGGGAGACACAGGUGGAUCGCACUCCUUCCAAGACGUCCCUCACACACACGGCGUCACGGACGAGCGUGGCGUCCACCAUCUCCAACGAUGAAGCGUGGGACAGCAAACCUCCGCUGGCUGCCGAAAAGCCUGCACCGCCCGUGUCGCCAGCCAAGCCCAAGCCGCGUCCACCUCCACGCGGCGGCGUGGCUGCUCCUCCUCCAACAGCGGCCAAGACAGCCGCCGCACCACCGCCCGCGCCCGCGCCCAAGCCAAAGCCAAAGCCUAAGCCGCCCGUGCGCGCCAAGUCCACCGCGCUGUCCGUGGACGAGUCCUCUUGAAGCUUGCGCGAUCACACCUCUCACAUAAAGACGCACAUGCCCAGCUGGCGGGGGAUUGUGCUCUGUGUUGUCGACACGUUGCACCGUUGUUUCAUUCUGCUAUAGCUUCUUGCUGAUGUUGCCGUUGCUGUCUGUAGUGUUGUUGGUACCUUGACGCUGAUAGUGGUGCUGGUAGUGCCUUGAUGUUGGUGGUGUUGGUGGUGCCAUUGUUUUUCUUUCUUGCCUGGUGAUGUUGUUUGCACUCGUGCACAUGCCAGUGUGCCCGCAUGUUAGCGCGCGGUUCCAUGUGUCAUCCAACGUGACUUGUCUGCCCUUUGUUUCCAUUGAUGUGUGUGUGUGUGUGUGCGUUUGUUUGUUCAUCUCAUGCUUUCCCGUUUCUGUCCAGCUGGAGGCCUUGUUUCGUUUCGCUGUCCUUUCCGUCUCAACAGCAGUACAGCCCUGCCACACUGAA